CUGGUGCCCCUUACCGAGCACACUCUAAUAGAUAAUGAAAGAGUGGGGUGGGAAGGUGUUUGCAAAGCCAAGUGAGGAUAAACUGCUGAGUGACCGGCCGAAGCGUGCGUUACCGGCACUGCAGGGUUUUGCCCACUGCUUGGAUGGAAGGUGGAAUAAGUGAUGUGUGAAGAGAGAUGGGGAAAGGGGUGAAAGAAACCGGUUGAGCAAGCGACUGGGGUUGCUGAGCAUAAUCUACCGAAUUUCAAAAGAAAACGUAAUAAAAACCAGACAAGAAAUAAUGAUCAUAGACAAGAGCAUUCUUGACUUGGAUUUUUAAAAAGAGCAGUGCGUUGUAGGCAGUGUGGAGAUGAACUCAGGCGAGGCCAAAGGAACCUUACAAGAGAAUACUAUAAGGAGCAAGAAAGAGAAGCAACUAUAUAAGUUUUGUUUUGUUUUGUUUUGUUUUUUAAAUCAGUAGGCUUCGCUUUCUCAACUGUUUUUUUCUUCCAUCUCUUAAUUAGAAACGAAAAGCAACCAAGUUGUUUGCAUGAUGACACCAGGGGGAAAAAGGCCUGACCACUUCCUAGAAGGAAGAAAAGAGACUUUUUAAAGACACCACCUACAGCUAGAUGUGCAGUGUAUGACAUGAUUACAACUCCUGUGUCCAGAGGAUUAAAAAUGGAGUUCGGCCUAAAAAAGUACCACCUUAAAAGAAGCAGCAUGACACAGUGUUUUAGUUGACAUCACGUUCACAACAUAAUAGAAAAAUCUUUGUUAGAAAUUAGUGAAGCCUGGAAGAUUUUUUUUUUUUUUUUAAAGCAUGAUUUGGUAUAUAAUAGAGCUAUGUUUUGUAAAGUUCUAAUAAUUUUUACAAAGCCAAUAGCCUGAGACUGUUCAACAUAGUAAUUCUCCUAAUACAUCUUAAAGACAAGUACAUUUAUCUCUUUAUUGUGAACAUUUUGGUAACAAAUGGCAAAAAAAUCUAGAUUUUUGCAAUCAGCAGAACUGUUUCUAAGAGGGAAAUGUAGAAGGAAAAAUAUGAAUCUGGAACUAUAUAUUCAUAAACAAAUACACUUUGGAAGAUUUUUUGACUGUACUCAUUGGUCUUGCUGUUUUCUUGCUUUUGGGGGAAGAAACAAUUUUAUUUAGUUGGAUUUUAGUUGACAAGGCAUUUAUCUUGGACUCAGCAUUAUAUAUAAAUAUUCGAAGUAUUUGGAGAGUUAAUGGGCAGGCCAUUUAUCUCUAACAGAGUUUAGAUGGUUAUGUUUAAAACUAUGAAUUUAUGUAUUUGAGUGGGAAAAAUAGUCUUUUUUUUUUUCUCUCCUCUUGGUUGACACCUGGUGGAAAUUCUUGUUGUUCAAGUGCUUGGGAUCUUGUACUAGCUUUGGUAACAGAUACUGCUUGGGUUUUUUCGCCACCUAGUGGUAAAAUGGUGAAUUUGCUAAAAUGUCCUCUUCUCAGCCUUAAGGUUAAAUAAUAUUUAUUAAGCAUUCAAAUGACGUUGGACAAGAAGUGGAUAUAAAAGUGCAGUAGACAAUUAGGUGUUCAUUAAUAAAUUUGUUUUAAAUUCUUAAGGGCUAGUGAACAAUAGCUGAAUUCUUCAGAAUUUUUAGUAAAAUUUUUCUAGUUGGAACAUAACUUAUUUCUGAGAAAUUAAGAAUCAGCUGUUUAAAUAAACUAGAAUUGCAUUUAACCAGAAAGAACCCUAAGAGAUUUACUUGUAGUUUGGAAAGUUGUUUUACCAUAUUAAAUGAUUCAUUCCUGUGAUUAUAGUGCAUUAUUCCUUCUCUUUGAAGCUUUUAGGAUAUUAUAAGUUAUUGCCUUUAUUAUUUACUUUGCUAUUUCUCUUCAUUUUCUUUUUACUAUGACUUCCUAAACACUUUGGUAACUGACAAGUUGCCAGGAAAUUUUUAUCCCCUGUCAUUUUUACUUUAGAUCAUACUCACUUAUCCUAAUUAUCACCUUUCUUCACUUUGGUUUUAGUCACAUAACUAUUUUUUAAGUGUCUAAACUUGAGUCUACUUGCUUCCUUUUGUUUACCUCCUAUUUAUUCCAACUAUGGAAACACCAGAAACAACAAACAACAAACAAACAACGCUGGCACCUUUAAAUUCCUGUUUAUGUUUUAUUUUUUUUUAAGUUUAUUUAUUUAAGUAAUCUCUACACCCAACGUGGGGUUUAAACUCACAAUCCUGAAAUCAAGAGUCACAUGCCCUUCUGACUGAGCCAGCCAAGUGCCCCUAUGCUUUCCUGUCUAAAAGAAAAAACAAAAACCAAACAAACAAAAAAACCACUUGGACUAAAUUUUGGACUAAAUGUUUUCUUUCACCUGACUUUUGUAACCUCCCUUUUUAAAAUUCCAUGUCUAAAAAUCUGUCUUUUAGAUAAGUUGAAAUGUACUGUAGCUGCUAUCUUGGUCUUCUGAACUUGUCUCACUAGGCCCUCACUGUAUUUUGCAUUAAGUUUAAGCUAUUCAUCUUUACCACCAAGGCUCUCUCCUACUGCACCCUAGCCUACGUCUCAUAUGCCAUCUCCUCCUGCUCAUCUGCUAACUCUCUGUACUCCUGUCAAGUACAUCUUCUGUCCCCUUUGUUAGUCUGUCUCGCUGUUGCCAAUGUGAAGUUACAUGCUGCUUUUUGUGCCCAGAACAACAUCCCACUGCUGUUAUCUCCUUUCCCUUUUCCUAACCCCUCUACUAGACUCAGUUGGCACAACUGAAUAAAAUUCCAAGUAGACAGAGUAACUAGCUCCCCCUUCCCUUUUUAUAGUUUUGUCAGAGCUCAAAUAGAAAUCUGUCUUUACGGUAUUUGUUUCUUGGAUUUUAUAUUCAAUGGCUGUUGCACCUUAUUGUACAAAGGAUUAAACUCAUUCUCAAGAACUCUGUCUAAAACUGACAAAUGAUCAUCACUAUCAAGAUAUUUAAUAUUGAUGUGGUAUGUAAAAAUUACUGCCAAGUCUGGAGUUUUUCACAUAUCAAAAUACUCAAUAUUAUUAUUGAGAAGAAAAAGGCAAGCCAUCUCAACUGAAAAUUUUGGUGUAUGGUUGUAAGAAAAACCGUAUCAGCAAUCUUUUAAAAAAUAUAUGAAAUCCAUGGUUAAUCUUAAUUUCAGCUAACACUUGAUAGGCUUAAAUACUGUAGAACUAGGGGCAUUGUUUUUGUUUUUUUUGGUCUUAAUUUUGUAUUUCAAGAUUUUGUAACUGACUUAACUCUUUUCUUUCAGAUUUUUUUUUUUUUAAUUUAUUUGAGAGAGAGAACACGAGCAGGGGGAGAAGGAGAGGGAGAAGCAGGCUUCCUGCUGAGUGAGGAGCCCGACAUGGGGCCUGAUCUCAGGACUCGGAGAUCACGACCGAAGCCGAAGAUAGACGCUUCAUGGACUGAGCCACUCAGGCACCUCUGACUUAACUCUAAUAUCUUCAAAAUGCAGCAAUGACUUCAGUGUGGAGACUGGAGGCAAGAUUUGCUAUAAGUAAAAUUCCAGUUCGGAGGGGGGAAAGAUGGCAGAGGAGUAGAGGACCCUAUUUCAACUGGUCCCCGGAAUUGAGCUGGAUAGCUACCAGACCGCUCUGAGCACCCACGAAACCAGCCUGAGAUGUAAGAAGAUCUGAUCUCUACAAACAGAAUAUCGCAGGCAGUUGGUUUUGAGUCUGUCUCUGCAGUGAUGUUCACUCCAAAGGAAAUGAAAUGAAAGGAAGUGUUGGCUGCUGGCUUGGAGACAGUGGUGGCCAGUCAUUAGAGGACAAAGCUGGUUAAGUGAACUAUGGAAAAAUCACCAAAAUAUUGGUGCACUAUCGCCCUGUACAGGCUGUGUCAUCCAUACGAGACUGCUCUUCUGUGUGAACAAAUCCUCACCCUACUCAGGCUUGGCCACUGUACUGACCUUUGUGUGGAGACAUUUCUACCCAGGCGGUAUCAGGCUUCAAAGAUCCAGACUCUAAUGAGCCAUGGCAGUGUGAGAGUGAGCAGCAUUUUACAAAUAAGGGCACUGGAUACAGAAAGACAAGGGAAGGCAGAAGCUGGAGCAGAGAAAAAAAGCAUUAAAAUCAGGCUGAAACUGGAGGCAUCAAAGUUCACAAGGCACAGGAAAGGACAGUGGUGCACCUACUAAUUGAAAUUUGACCUUUGACUUGGGCUGACCAGGCUGACUAAGUGAUUUCUAUGAAUAGACCAAAAGCAGACCUCUACAGGAUGUUUGCGUGCAGGUGAAGCUGAUUCAAGGCAAAUCUGCUUUACAGUAUCGCAGUCUUACUUCCCUUUGGCUGGGGCUUCAGCCCCUGAGUGCAGAGUUCUUGCCUGCCUCCCUCUAACACUGUCCCCUCAGAAAGCUCCUACCUAAUGUUGGCUCCUGCUCUUUUCCUUUGUGGCUCUGAUGGAAGGAGCAGAAGCACCUGGUAUGUGCUGGGCAUGGGGGAUAUAUUUCGGGGCAGUAUUUUUGCUCUUUAUCAUCUCUGUUCUAACUACUCUCUGGGUGCAGCUUUACUCUAAUUAUAGCAAAGCUAAACAAGGUGAACUUUAGUCCAGGAACUUUUUCAGGUUCAUUAUAUUUUGAGAGAGAAGAAUUUUUCAAAUAAUCUCCCUGCUUACAGGUUUUCAUUCUGCUUUGUGGGAAACAUCUAGUUAAUUGAUCACAUGAUUUUGCUAUUGGCAAAAUAGUGGGCAAGUAAAGUCUCUAAGCUUAUUUUCCUAUCUAAAAGUGGCAUAACCACACUUCAAUUCUAGGUUUAUUCUGAGGAUUAAAUAAAAUCAUGCAUAAUGCCUAGAACAUAUAUUUGGUAAAAGAAUCAAUUAAAUUUAGUUUAUCACCAGUAUUGUGAUAUGCUAAAUUCACUGUUAAUUCUGAAUUUCAGAGUUUUGAGAAUGGCACACAUAAUUUUAUAUUAACUUACUUUAUAUUAACUUAAUAGCAACCACUUAUUGAGUGCUUACUACACGUGAGCCCUGUGUUAAACAAUAUUAACCGGUUUAAUUCUGACUACAGCAUCAGGAAGUAAGUUCCGUUAUCUCUAUCUUAUGAAGCUUGGAUGGAAGUAACUUGCCUAAUGGCAGCCUGUUAAAGUAGCGUACUCCUGAUUAUACUAUACUGCCUCCUUGUGACCCUCUUCUAAAUACUAGUGUCAUAUGUUGAAAUCACAAUACACAAACUUGAACAGUUGUUCUCUGUUGAUUGUGAGAUUGACGCCAGGCAGGAAAUGUUGCAAUUGGAUGGAGAGAGCUUAUGGACUUGGAACUCUAGGAUACGGUAUAUCAUGGAUUGAGGCCUCUGGGAACAGCUUUCUUCCUUUCUAGGAAAUUGGCUAAGAACCUGGACUCUGGAAUCAUAUUUUCUGGGUUGUAGCCCAGCUCUGCUACUUAGUAGCUUUGUGACCUGGGGCAGGCUCAGCUCUCUGAGCCUCAGUGCCUUAUCUAUCAAGUGGGGAUAAUAUUACCUGCCUUAGGGAGUUGUUAUGAGAAUGCAAUGAGUUAAUACAUGUGGGUUCCUUAAAGUAGUGGCUGACACUUGGUAAGCACUGUUACAUGUUAUUAGUGUUUCUAUGCCCUUCACUUUGUAUCUCUCAUCUGGCUGUAUCCAUUUGUGCAUUGUCCCACUUUUGCUAAGAAAGGCAUAGAUUUACUUAAAGACGUUGCGAUGCCUGUCCGCAGGAUCAUAUUCUGCUUUCAUAAUUUCUAAUGUAUUUUAAUAGAGAGAAAAGUUGAUUGUUACCCUUGAAUUUCUUCCAUCUUCAGAAAGAAUUACUGCUUAAGAAUUAAUGUGCUUUGGUGAGCACUGUGAAUUGUGUAGGACUGUUGAAUCUGAAACAAAUAAUACCUUAUAUGUUAAAAAAAAAGAAGAAGAUAGUAGGAAGGGAAAAAUGAAGGGGGGGAAAUUGGAGGGGGAGACGAACCAUGAGAGAUUAUGGACUCUGAGAA